AUGUCUUCGUCAAACGGAGACUCCGCGAUGUCCCCUAGCCAGGACCAGAACGCUCAGGAGAGCGUAUUCGAAAGGAUCAGGGAGUUUGUCGCCUCUCUCGGUCUCUCUGCAAGCGAUGGGCUCAUUCAGCACGCGGGCGAGACCACGCACGAGGAUCUAAAGGUCGUCGUAGACCCUCAGGGUCACCAGUGUUCCAUCACCUGCACAGCCGAGUCUUACGGCACCCUCACACCGGCCGUCUCCAUCCGCUCGGCACCCGAACGCCUACAGUCACUUACUCCUCCAUCAAACUACGGCACAGUUCUCCCUGGGUGCGUCUAUCGCAGCAGCUAUCCAAAAGAGGAGAACUACGAAUACCUUAAGGAAGCCGGAAUUAAGACCAUCCUCACCCUGGUUCCUGAGCCACUCUCACCCGAGUAUCAAAACUUCAUGAAGGAGGCUGGUAUACAGCACUUCCACGUUCACGUCAAAGCCAACAAAGGCGAAGUGCGCGUCGAAUCGUGCGAAAUGUCACGAGCUCUGCGCCUCAUCAUGGACCGUACCAACCACCCGAUCCUCGUCCACUGCAACAAGGGCAAGCACCGCACAGGAUGCACCAUCGCCUGCUUCCGGAGGAUCCUCGGCGUCGAUCCAGAGACAGUUCGCGAGGAAUACCAUACCUACGCCGGCGCAAAGGCUCGCUUCCUCGAUGAGGUCUUUUUCGAGAAUUUUGACCUCAAUUUGGUCAUGUGGAUUGCUCGCAAGGAGGGCUGGGUUGCGCCUGCGAUCGAUAUUGCACCACCCACACCCCCGGCUUCAGUCAGCUCAAGCACCAGCGCAAAGGCAGUCGCUUUGGCUUGA